AGACUACCAAACCUACCCGCGCACAGUGGAUGGAGUACGAGUCUACCACGCUUCACCAUUUCCAGAAACAAAAGCCGGACAAAGCUACGGAAGGAGGAAGAAGGCUUGUGCAGAAUCAGAACCCAGCACCAUGGCGGGAUCCGCGUUCCUCAACGCCCUCGUCCUCCGCGCGCCAUCCCCAUCCCCGUCGCUCUCGUGCUCGUCCUCGUCUACGCGCCGCAGCGCCGGCGCCUUCGCGUUCCCGAACCCACCGCGCCUCCCAUCUCUGCGUUCUGCGCGCCGCGUCGUCCUUGCGCGGGCGGCGGCGGCGCCGCCGGGCGCGGGCGGUGACCCCGAGCCCGAGGACGACGAGUGGGGGCCGGAGCCCGAGGGCGGGUCCGCUGUCACGGGAGCGACCGCGGUGGCGGAGGCGCCUGAGGCGCCGGAGGCGAGAGAGGUCGCGGAGCUCAAGGCGCAGCUGAAGGACGCGCUGUACGGCACGGAGCGGGGCCUGCGGGCGUCCAGCGAGUCGCGGGCCAAGGUGCUGGAGCUCAUCACGCAGCUCGAGACGCGCAACCCCACGCCGGCGCCUACCGAGGCGCUUACGCUCCUCAACGGCAAGUGGAUCCUCGCGUACACAUCAUUUUCCCAACUGUUCCCACUAUUGGGGUUUGGCAAUCUGCCUGAGCUCGUGAAAGUGGAGGAAAUAUCACAGACCAUUGAUUCUGAGAACUUCACAGUGCAAAACUGUAUAAAGUUUUCAGGACCUUUGGCUACAACCUCAGUUGCCACCAAUGCAAAAUUUGAAAUCAGAAGCCCCAAGCGCGUGCAGAUCAAAUUUGAAGAAGGCAUUGUUGGUACACCACAGUUGACCGACUCCAUUGUGCUACCAGAGAAGUUUGAAUUGUUUGGACAGAACAUCGACCUGAGUCCACUGAAAGGCAUAUUUACAUCUAUCGAAAAUGCAGCAUCCUCGGUUGCAAAGACCAUAUCUGAUCAGCCUCCGCUGAAAAUACCAAUCAGGACAAACAACGCUGAAUCAUGGUUGCUUACGACCUACCUUGACGAAGAGCUCAGGAUCUCCAGAGGCGAUGGCAGCAGCAUCUUUGUGCUGUUCAAGGAAGGAAGUACUCUUCUAAACUGAGACCCAAAUCCCGAGUAUAUGAUCUUUGAAGAUGAACCUUGAAGUAGUUAUACUGCUGAUGCUUUUCUUUUCUUGUAGUAAUAUACUCCGUCCCAAAAUAAUAUACUCUUAGACUAGGACCGGUUUAAUCCCCAAGUUAUAUAAACUCUGUAUAUAUCACCCAAGACACUACAUGCAAGUUAUCCAAUUUCAUCCAAUGCUAUUCUCCUACAUGGUAUA